GUCAAAAAAUUCUACACACCAGCAGUGUGUGAGGAGACCUGAAAGUGGCACAUGGCAGAGUGUGGCGAUGGAGACAGCAGCAAUGGGAGGCCGUACAGGGACCCAUGAGAGACUCUGGACCUGGCAGCAGCAUGAGGAGGCGGUAUAUAGGGGCCCAUGGCAGAUUAGGGGCCUGGCAGCAGCUAUGGGAGGCCCGUAAUCUGCCAGCACCCUAUGUCAAAAAAUUCAACACACCAGCAGUGUGAGGAGACCUGAAAGUGGCACAUGGCAGAGUGUGGCGAUGGAGACAGCAGCAAUGGGAGGCCGUACAGGGACCCAUGAGAGACUCUGGACCUGGCAGCAGCAUGA